GUUAUACUACACUAAGAUAUCUUAGACAAUCUUAGUUGCCUACUAUGGUUUCUUAAGAUCAGUACGGUACGGGAUUUGAAGGCACCAACAGCAACCUAAGAUAGGAGCAUCUGACUCCAAGCGUCUUUCGGGCAAACGGCUAAGACGAUCGCGUUUAUCCAUCUGGAGGUCUGCAGACCCUAAACAUUAACUAAUUGUGGCGGUUGUUAUUGUGAUGCAUGUGUGGUUUCUUUUAAUUGAGUGGUCACUGGAAAUUAAUUGCGAUGACCUGACCUAGAGUGCGUCUAACAAAAGGAAGAGAAAUAACCUGUCGAAAGUUCAAGUGUGCAAACAAACAAGACGAAUGGAUACCAAAAGUCUUUACAUGAAAUUAUAACAAUAGUUCGUGAUUCGGGAGUGAAAGUGAUGGUGAUGGAUUUUGAUACAUAUUUCGGUGUAACGUGAAGAAUGGGUUGUGGUGUUACGCGCUGAAAAAGCUCUUGCUCUAAUUAACUACAUACUCGGCGCUGGAGUUUAAUAAACAGCAGUAACUAGUUCUGCGUUAAACAAUAACGAUUUGUAUUGUAACAACAAUUACCUGCGCAGUGCGCAAGUUUACACUUACAUACGUUCCGGAUUGUUUUGUUAUUGUUUGUUAUCGUUAUUAUUACUCCAUAUUGUUUCGUCUGUAUUGUUUUCUCUUCUGGGUUUCCGGCGAACUUCUCGGCCGACCGUUUAAUAAUGAAUAAUGAUUCUAUGCUUCCCCAUUUUCCUCCAAAAGAUAAUGUUAGCGAAGAAUAAUGUGGAGCAGUGCCUACACCGAGUACUACAAGUCUGAUGAAUAAUGGCAUAUUAUGCAUAAUGAAUGAUGAGUGAGCGUUUUUUGUGAUACAUACAUUGUGUUGAAAAUUCAAACAGGGAAUUCCUCCAGCUUUCAUAAAAAUUAUGCCCUAGACAAAUGGAAUUUCUGUUCGUUUGGUUUUGUAGUGAUUCAUAAUGAUGCUAGUGGUAUUUCGUUUAGCGGAAAGAUGCCGGUAGAUCAUGGGUCUGGAAAUUGAAGUAAUUUCGAAAAUUUAGGCAAAAGUAGAAUUUUCGGAAUUAAGACCAAAACGUUACAAAAGAGGAGUACAAUUUCAAGCAAAAAUGGUAACGUGUAAGUCUGACCUAACAGCACCGAAAAUGGUGACUAGUAAAACGCGUAGAGCAUCCAGCACGUCGUCUGGAUUCCGACUGUUGGAUGGCGAUCAAUUGGACAAUAUAUCCAGUGUCAGCAGAAAUUCUAUUUAUAAGCUGAAAAUUGAUUCAAUGUUUGACGACUCAAGAUCAAUAAUAAGUCAACGUUUAGAUGAUCGUCGCGGAUCUCAUCGUACCGCAUCAAUUAUAAUGUACGGUCGACGUAGUGAUUUUACCAAUAACUCAGCCGCCAGUAAUAGACUUUUAUUGGCCAGUUCUAACGGUGACGAUAAAGAAAUCAUUACAGAAGAAGUUUCAGCUACAAUAAGUGCCGUACAGAAAGAUGUUCGAAGGAUAAGUAACAGUGUACAGGCACAAAUCGAGAGGAUGUUUACGGAUGUGGCUAAAGAUGCCACUUCGUGUAGCUUUCAAGUACGAUGUUUAGGAUCGUUAUCAUUGAAGGAUAAAGUUACGAGUCUGCAAGGGUUGCAGGAUCCACUGAGGCAGUUGUAUCUGACUGGAGCCGGGCAAGGGAAUCACAGCACUGGCAGUCUGGACAUUUGCCCAAAAGGACUUCGCAUAUCACACUCCGGAGACUGUGACACUCUCAUUACACCAUUUCAUCAUAUCGCAGUAUGGUCAGCCGUGAAAUUUGUAGUUUCCCCUACGGAAGGUGGAGCUGCAUUCCUGCCAUUGAUAACAGAUCCUGAAAAUAUAGAUAAAUCCAGUUUAUUUCGCCCAUUGACUGCCGCCGAUCAAAGACGCCUCUCCUCUGGUCUACAUGCACCAAUCUUCGCCGUAGUUAUGCGUUCCGCCGUAAACCCUAAACUCUUAGAGUGUCAUGCAUUUGUAUGUCAAAGUCCGGAAGAUGCAAUAGUCAUCGCUGCAACGCUCUAUCAAAGUUUAAUGGCCCACGUCAGUUCCAGUCCGCACAAUAGUACAAAACGAAGAACACCACGAAAUCAAAAUGGUGUCAGCUGCAUAAGCAUAGCCAGCAGCUCAGCACUGACCAAUUCCACCCCAGCCCUCAGAUCCGUAUCAAAAAAGAACUCCUUCCGCGGUUCAACCAACAAACUACCACCGAUUCCAUCUCGUCCACCACGUAAGAAGCGAACAGCCACAAGUUCACUUAGUGGCGAUAGUGAUACCCUCCGUGAAGUUAUCGAGACUACAACCGAAGAAAGGAAGAAGAAAUCGCAUAAGACAAAACGUGCCCCACCUGUUCCCGGACUAGCGAAUAGUACACGAUCUCACUCAAAUGGAGAUCUCUUCAUGUCAUCGAUGUCAUACUUGGAUAAGCAGAAUCGUGCAAGACACUCCCACCGAUCAUCCGAUGCUCUGUACCACGAUCACGAUGGAAGCAGUGGUGAUAUCCUGACGAGGGUUGCGAUUCCGAGAUCGGGCAGCUUUUUGAACACGAGCGGAUUAACUCGGUAUAAAUCGCGAGCAACAAGAAGGCAUUCAGGAAAAAGUGGUGGUGGAGGUGGGGGAUCAUCCAACAUAGCUCCAGAAUACUCUUAUGAUAGUGACCCUGAAUGUUCCCACGAUGAUCCAACAAAUCCAGUUGCAUCCAAAAAAGCUUCUAAGCCGUCCCUAUCCAGUACAGAUGACCUACAUCUGGUUCCAUUACCAAUUCCAAUUCAGUACGCCUACAACCACAGUCUGAAUAAAUCUAAGUUCCCGCUUCACCUUUCCAGAUCGCCGCUUGGCUUCAGUGAACUAUUCAAUGAAUUUCGAUUGCAUGAAAAUCUACAUUCAUUGGAUGAUAUCUUAAAUGCCAUAAUCGAUGCUGAUGGGAUGUCGUUUAAUGAUCUUAAACCGAUCUAUAAGGAGUUCCUCUUGAAAUUGGCCGUUACGUUGACAAAGGAUGAACUCUAUCAGCGUUCCAAGAAUAUUAUGCGACGACAGAAGAAAAAGAAGCUGAAACGAAAGAAUAGUGCAGCACAGUUGCAGAAGUCAAGCAAAGGAUUCAUUCUCAGUGCUCGAAGUCUGAAAAAGGUGUUUUGGUUCGGUCAAUUCCGAUCAUGCAAGAAGCCUAGGUCAAAAGCCAACAAAGCCACCAUCAUCACCACAAGUGCAACAUCAGCAAAAAACGCCUUGAACGCCCAGACUGCAACCAGUGGGUCCGACAUGUCGGAAACACGAAAUGAACACGUUCUGAAUGCAAUCAAUCGAAACAGCUCGAGCGGCUAUGUAUCAUGUUCCGAAUGCAGCUACGACUCCGAGGCUUGUACCUGCACAUCGGCCGACCGGUGCUACUGCAGUCUUGGAGCCGAUCACGACCGUGUCAAUGAGAAAUUAUCGAAAACAGGUGUCCGCGACUCACUCGUUUCCUGUAAGACUGAAGACAAAUGCUAUUGCUCCCUUGGAGAAACGAACGAGGAAAGCUUCGAGACGACAUCAUGCGACACCGAUAGCUGCAUCAGUACCAGCAAAUGCUAUUGCAAACGCUCCCAGAAGAAUGGUCGCAAUCAAGAAACGGUACACCGUCAGAAGGAUCAUCAAUCUAAAGAUGAUAAGUUGGCCCUCGAUUACGAACUUUUCACCGUGGGUGGAGGAAGCGCGAACAGUCGCCCAGUCAAGGCCCACGAAGCUCUUAGUGUGAAGAAGAGUGUCGAGGUCGCAGCAGAAUUCGCGGAUGUGAAACUAAGUCAGACGACCGAUAUCAAAAGUUUAACAGCCGGAACCCUCGUUGAAAACAACAAAGCCAGCUCGAGGCGAAGGUCCUCGUCCAAGAAGGGCUCACAACGAUCCUCACAUCGAUCAUCAAGCACUAGUGAUAUUAUCUCGAAACUGAAUUCAAUCGAGAAGGAGACCAGCAGAAAAGGUUCAAUAAAGAUCCCUGGCAACGACAGUAACUAUCAGUCCAUGCGACCCGUGAGUAGAUCACUCGAAGAUACUCUUGGGUAUCUGCCAUGAUACGAAGAUCGCGUUACUGAUCUCAUACAAUCGUGCACAGUUGCAACUCCGUAUCCUGUUUGCAUGCUGACUGGAUUGCUAAUUAGGCAUACUUUAUUGUACCACGAAAGAAAUGUGAAAGUAGUUCGAUCAGUUGAACCUAUUUUCUGUCUGAUAUAUCAUACAAACAGCGUAAGUUGGAUCGAUCAGAUGAACUGUACAUAUCUUGAGUAUAGAUAAUAGCGUAAUAGUCUUAGUUAGAGAGCUAAAUCACUAGUUGUACUUAGUUAAAUAUCCACAAUACUGCAAUCUUCUCGUCAUAUAGUAAGCAACUGUUGAAUAAAGAUGGAAAGACCGGUUCCUAUUACUCAGUAAUUGCUGCAAUCGGCAUUUGGUGAAUAACAGUUGUGAUAAAAAUUAUCAUUGCAGUUGUUUCAGAUGGAAUUUCUCGGGACUUCAAGUAUCAACGAACGGGAGAAACAGAGAAACUUUAAUUUUUUAAUGAUCUUAAUAGUUAGAUUUUCAACCAGUUGCCUCAGAAGAAUAUUAUCAACUUUUAUUAGAUAAAAAUUGAUAAUACUCGCGUGUAAUUGUCAUCUGUUACAGUCAACGGGCUUUGAUUGAUAAUUUUAUGAAUUUCAUUUUACAAAAGUUUCAUGCCACCAACAACUCUCUAGAGAAAACCUCGAUAAAGUAAUUCAAAUCUUUAGAAUUAUAAGUUUUAUCUUAUUUUUCGACUUAAAUAUCUGUUGCUUUUGAAAUUCAAUUUAAAGAAAAGAUUGGAUGCGCCAACAAUCAUUCAAAUGAAUUCAACUCGAUUUAUUUCGAAAUAAUUUGAGUAGAUGUAAAUAUCUUCUCUUUGAAUAGAGUCGACUAUUUACGUGGAUAUUCAGUGAAAAGAUUGUGCGAUUAUUACUCACGCAAUAGAUAUUUAACUCCUCAAUUAAAUAAAACCUUUAGUUUAAGUCUCCCCCCCCCCCUAGACAAAAUCAAAAUAACUAAGGUGAAGGUAGUUUAACUAAAAAUAGUAUCUAUGCAAUGGGACUUCGGGGCCGCCUGGAAAAGGGUCACGUUUAACACACCACACUCUCUCUAUCACUUUUCCUAAUAAAAUACGCGUUUCAGACGAAAUAAUCACUUAAGCAUAAGUCAGACGAGAAGAUGUGCAUUUUAUCUCAGAUUAAAAGCUUAUAUAGUCAAUUUAUAGAUGAUAAAGUAUCUUUUUAGCUUUUUCCUAACAUUUUCAAGGUAUUUCAAGUGCAAUUAUCCCAAAACGUACUCUGUGCAAUAUUCAUAGUACUCAAUUUCUAUUGUUUUAAGUGUGAUAAUGCAAACUGUACAGAAAUCUUUGCAAUAUAAAAGAUAAACUUUCUUUCUAAACAAGCAAUUAUAGGGAAAAUUAACUAAAAUCUUAUGAGAAUUUUAAUGAUAAAUGCAAUAUUUUACGAUUACAUGCCAUUUUUAGAAUAUUCUCUUUUUUUAGUGGAGUCCCCUUUGUAAAUUUUGAAUAUAAUAAAAGCGAAUAAAUGCAAUAUUGGAUUGAAAGGAGAGCAAUAAACAAUAAUAUUUGUGCAAUAUAUCUCCAAAUAUGAUAGAAUGAAAAUAAUAUAAAAAUGCGCAGUUUGUAUCUGUUAUCCAACAAAAAACAGAUGUGAUGACGCUAUGGAUGUAAUUUCGUGCAAUUUUUUAUUGUUUU